UUGGAUAGUUUGGUGCAAAAAAGAGAUUGUUAAGUCUCAGACAAAUCCUAGCUUUUUUAUUCUGUGUCCUGGUUUGGAAAAGGAUACUUUAAGGGGACAAAAAAGCAAAAUUAAACAUUAGAGAAAAUACAGGAAGUUAAGUAGGAAAGUUUACAAUUCGUGCUCCUAGAUUCUAGAACUUGAAAGGAGAAAUAAAGUAACCCAUCAAGGGGAGUUAUUUCUUAUACUUAUCCCCAAAAGUUUCCAACUUAGUUGGUCUUUACUGAAAAAUCAUGACAGAAGUUUCAAAGGAAACCAGUCUAACUGAAUGCAAUGGGGACGUGUCACCUGAAAAAGAGAUCACUGAAAUUAGUGAUGAGGUUUUCACUUCUGAUGGCCUCAGUAAAUACCAUGAUACAGAUGUGAAUCCCGAAGAUUCUUUCUCUGAAGGAAAUCUAGACGAAAACAAAUAUUCUCGAGCAAGCAUGAUCUGCAGAGAUUUGGCUUGGUCUUUGGAAGAGGACAAGCACCGAGAAGAGGACUUUACUGUUCACAAGAGAAUAGCAAGUCUCUCCCUUAAGGAAACAAGAGCUGGUGAAAUGACAUCAGAGGAAGGACUUCAGUGGGAGAAGAUUCCUCCAUAUGGAAAAGUUCAAGAAACAACCAGACUGAAGAAAAGUGGCACUGAAAAGCUUCUAGAAGAAAGAGAUGGUGGAAUUAGGGGGAAUGAGGAAUUCCAGGUAGCAGAAAUGGAAGAUAACUUGGAGUGGCUGGGAUCUCAGCAACCCAGAAAAGAUGCAAUGAUGACCAAACAGGACAAAGAAGUAGAGGAUGGUGAGCAAGAAAUAGAUAACGAUAAUGAGGAUGGUGGUGAUGAUGAUGAUGAUGAUGAUGAAGAAGAAGAUGAAGUAAGAUUGAUAGAGUUUAAGAAAGGAAAUGGAAGAGCUUCUCACUUCAAGGAGGAAGGCAAUGUCAGCGAGGACUCCCCUCUGAGCAGCCCCAAUUCACAGCCUAUAACCCCAGAGGAGCUACCGGCCUUGGGAAAGAAGAAUGAUAUUUCCAGACAUACUUAUUCAAGAUACAACACAAUAUCCUAUCGGAAAAUUAAAAAGGGGAACACGAAGCAGAGAAUUGAUGAAUUUGAGUCCAUGCUGCAUUUGUAAUUUACUUCUUUGAGACAUUUUGGUGCCCAUCCUACCUGAGUCAUCUUUUUUCUUAUGUAUAAUUUCAUAAUAACUGGUGGAAACUUAACCUUCUAUUUUUCAUUUUUUUUAUUUGAAAAUUGGGUGCAAAUAGUCAUAGCAAGAAAAAUCACAUUUGGUCAGUCUAAAUCAAGCAGCAUUAGGUUUCUUCACUUACAUAACAGGAUUUAUACAGUCUAAGCUUUACUAACACAUCAUGCAACAAGUCAAGUCAACAGGUGAAUCUGGCAAUAAUCUGACUGUAUAAUUGGCAAGGGUAGGAAGUGGCAAAACCAAAGGAAGAAGAUGGUUCUUUAAGGAUUCUUCUUUAUCUUAAAAAUCUUUCCAGCUGUAAAUCUCAAGAACUUGGGAAGCCCAGUAUUAAACUUCAAAAAUUUAUAGUUGUUGAUUAGUACAAAUGAAGCACAUUGUUUCAUAGAACCAUGAAAAGAAUCUUCAAGGUUUCUUCCUCAUUCCCUCAGAUUCCCUCCCUUGGUAUGAAACUGUUAUCUUGGACUUCUGAACAGUGAAAAUUCUAUAUGCCCAGUCCCUUCAUGUUACCAUUUACUGGGUCCCCUCGCUGGAGGGGCUGAGCAGCUGUCAGCCGGGAGAGUUCCAUUGGGUAAAUGUUGGUAUUAUGUUCACCACUGAAUCCAUCUCAUUGUAAGGCUGAUGUAUUGGGACAGGAUAGAAGAGAAGUUGGGCACCAGACCAAAGAGUUGCAUUGAAUGAUUUCACUUCUGUGGGGGUGCUUUUGUUUUGUUUUGUUUUGUUUAUCUAGGAAAUCUCUGCUAGCCGUUAUAUUCCCUUCAAACAAAGAUGAAAAUAUUAAUAUGAUUUGAAAAAAAAGUAUCUUUAGUAUUGCGCCUUUCCUCAUUAACAUGGCCUUGGGAAAUUUUCUAAGCAGCUCAGCCCAAUUUUGCUAUUUAUCAUGAGCGUGGCAAUAAUUACUUUAGCAAGUUUUCAAUGUAAGACCAGAGUGACUAUUUUCAGUGAUAUUUUCACUGAUAGCUGGAGUGAAUAGAAUAUUUAACUUUUUAAUGUUGGGCUGUUCUAUUUGCCCUCCUCAAAGUUGUUUGAGGGUCCAGGGUUUGGAAUUUAUCAGUAAAUCAGAUAAUGCAGUGUGUGUGUGUGUGCGAGUAUCUAUAUGUGAAAGCAGAAGACCUAAAGAGUGCCUCUAUUAAUUUGUAGAUAUUUUAAUCCUGCUCUUUUUUUUUCACUUGAAGUUUCAAAUAAAUAUCAUCCCGAAUUUUCUGUUCCAUAAAACAAGCAUCUAUUUUGGUGCUGCUGCUUAAAGACAGAUCCUUAUUGUGUAAGUGUAAUACAGAUCUCAUUGUUCAACAAUUCAACAGUUUGUUUGUCUCCUUUUCAGUUUGAGAAAAUCCCUGGGUUGCCUCUACAUAGAUUCUUGUUUAUUUAUGUGCAAUCAGCCCCCAUUCAGUUUGGUUACAUUUUUAUUGAAUUCUUGUCUUAAAACAAAGAUUUAUAUAACAUUAUGUAACUAUAUGAAAAAUGGAUUCAAUGAGUAUUUGGACAAAAUUGAUCGUUUUGGUGACCACAAUACUCUGCCUAGCCUUUUGAAGAAGGCACCUCUGAUAGGGCAUUCAAAUAGCCUCUCAAUAAAAAGUAUUUCCAAAAGGCUUUUUAAAGCUUUUGCUAGGGUCAGGCAUCCUCUAUGGUGUCCCAAGAUCUAGGUGCUGAUUUCAAGGAGGCUGUUUUAAUGAGGUUGUGGAUGAAAUUGUAGGAUCACAGAUUUAGAGCUAUAAAGGAUCUUAGAAGGUAAUUAGUCCAACCCCUCUUAUUUAUAAGUGAGCAAGCAUUGGCUGAGAGUGGUUAAAAGAUUUGCCUAGAGUAAUAUAGCUAAUAAAUGUCUGAGGCAGGAUCUGAACUAAGAUCUUCUUGGCUCCAAAUAUUGGGCUCUCUAUGGAACAAUACAUAUACAGAAAUAAUGGAGAAUAUAACAUGAAGAAAGGGUCAAGACAAAGUGCUUUAAGACAUUUGAAAAGGGAAGAGUACUUUUUGGUGGGAGUAAUCAGGGAAGACUCCACUGAGGAGGGACCACCUGAUUUGAGUCUUAGUUGGCAUUCAUGGGGACUUUUAGGAUUGAGUCCUGGAAAUGGAAUGAGUAGCUUUGUGAAUCUGAUUUUGGCAAUUGGGGGAAAUGGCAAAUCCAAGUGAGGUCUUAAAUUAAUUAUGUGGUUAGCUUAGGUUCUGAGAUACUUCAUUAGGAUUCUGGGGAAUGAAUUACCCUCACAAUUUACUGUUUCCCUUUAUAGCAUAGCAUAACACUAUUCUUCACAUAAAAGGACAAUUUACUGACCUAUCACUGUUAUGGUAUGAAUAUGGCCAAUUCCAGUAGUAGAAUUGGAUUUGUAUUGAACCAUAGCCAUAUUCAUCUUUGAUAUAAAGAGCGCUUAUUUGUGAAAUGACAUCUGAUUUAGGGUAAUGUUUGUGGCCAUAGAGCAAAGAGAAGUUCACACGGAUGUCUAACUUGUAAUUUUGUUUUCAUUAGCUUUGAACUCUAACCAAUAAUGAUAAUGAGCCAAGGACAUUUUUUGUCAACUGAUGUUCAAUUAUGAGCUGUGCGUAACUGGUGAAUGUUUAAUGCUUCUCCAGGUUAACAUGGUCUUCUGUUUGAAUAGGGCGUGCUUUUUACCAUAAAUGCUCUUCUACAUCACUGUUCACUAUAAUAUAGAACUACUGCUAUCUUUGAUUAAGGCCAUAGAUUUUAAUGACCCUAGGUUACGGUAACUGAUGGGUAUUUGACUUCUUUGAUCAGGAAACCAUAAUCUUGGAGGUAAAGUGCCUCAUUUUGAAAACCUCAAAGAAAGAGAAGAAAUUCUCCCCCAUCUGGAUCCUUCUGGCAAAACCUGUAGGAGCUAGGGAGAAAAGCUCUUGGUUUCCAAUAUAGAAGGAAAGUUGGCUCCCUGUGGGCCUGCUGAUGUUUCUAAUAAAGUUUAGAAACUGGAGCAAAUAUGGAUUAAAAGCAAGCAAUGUUUUAUUUUUCUGUCAAUAUAAAAUUUGUCUCAUCAAAUGCUAUCAUUGAGAAAAGCAGAAAAUAUCAUUAUAUUAACAGUUCAAAUAAAGAAAUGCUUUGUUUACCUUG